AAAAAAAUUUGUAUGUUGAGUUUUUUUGGUCUUGGGUCGUCGUCGAUUGAUUUUUGUGGCGAAAAAAUUAAAUUCAACGCAAUUUUUCCGCACAAUCUCGGUCACAAAUACGGUUUGACAAACAAAAAAUAUAAACAAUACGUUUAAUCUGCGAUUGCCGUUGAAAAGCUUCAUAAAAUAAAUCAGCAAGAUGUCCGAGUAUUGGCUUAUCUCAGCCCCUGGCGAUAAAACCUGCCAGCAAACUUUUGAUACCAUGAAUAAUCUCACAAGCAAGCAAAAUAACUUGUGUAACAACUUUAAGUUCCAUAUUCCCGAUUUGAAGGUUGGUACUCUCGAUCAAUUGGUGGGUCUUUCCGAUGACUUGGGUAAAUUGGAUACUUAUGUUGAACAAAUUACCCGUAAGGUUGCCGCCUACUUGGGCGAAGUUUUGGAAGAUCAAAGAGAUAAAUUGCAUGAAAACUUGCUCGCCAACAAUAGCGAUUUACCCAAUUACAUUACACGCUUCCAAUGGGAUAUGGCCAAAUAUCCAAUCAAGCAAUCGUUGCGUAAUAUUGCCGAUAUUAUUUCCAAACAAGUUGGCCAAAUCGAUGCUGAUUUAAAGACCAAAUCCAAUGCAUACAAUAAUCUAAAGGGUAGUCUACAGAAUUUGGAAAAGAAGCAAACUGGCAGUUUGUUAACUCGCAAUUUGGCCGAUUUGGUCAAGAAGGAACAUUUCAUUUUGGAUUCCGAGUACUUAACUACGCUCUUGGUUAUUGUACCAAAAAUGUUGGCCAAUGAUUGGAUGGCAAAUUAUGAAAAAAUCACGGACAUGAUUGUGCCACGUUCAUCGACGUUGAUUACCCAAGACAAUGAUUACUGCCUGUACAAUGUUACCCUGUUCAAGAAGGUUGUUGAGGAGUUCAAGUUACAUGCCCGCGAAAAGAAAUUCAUUGUACGCGACUUCGUUUAUAAUGAAGAAGAAUUGGCUGCUGGCAAAAACGAAAGGACCAAAUUGAUAACUGAUAAAAAGAAGCAAUUUGGUCCCUUGGUAAGAUGGUUAAAGGUGAACUUCAGUGAAGCCUUCUGCGCUUUAAUCCACGUUAAAGCCCUGCGUGUCUUUGUUGAAUCCGUAUUGAGAUACGGCUUGCCUGUGAAUUUCCAAGCUAUUCUUAUUGAACCCAACAAGAAGAGCAUAAAGCGCCUGCGCGACAGCUUGAAUCAGUUGUAUGGACAUCUGGAUGGUGCUUCAGCCGGUGGCCAAUUAUCUGGAAGUGGUGCUGAUAAUGUGGAUAUCCCCGGCUUGGGCUUUGGUCAAGCCGAAUACUAUCCCUAUGUAUUCUAUAAGAUCAACAUCGAUAUGAUAGAAGUGGCCAAGAUGUAAGACCAGUAAAAUGUUGUUUUCCAGGAGCAAAGAAACCUACAUACAUGCAUACAUACAUACAUACUACUUGUUGCAAGUUAUUAAAGAUAAAACAAAUCUAAAAACAAAAUUCUUUAAUAAUUAUUUAGCUUAAUUUUUAAAAAACAAAACUUGUGUAUACAUAAAUGUAAUCAAAGAGGAAACCUGCAAAUCGUAUCUUAAUUAAACCACUAUUAUUAAUAAUAUAUAAUUAUGAUGAUGUAUGUAUUGUACAAAAACCCACAACACAACCAACAACUACAACAACAAUGAACCUAACAAAGAAACAACAGCAGUGAUAUAACAACAACCCUCAACAACCUAAACCUAAACCCUAACAACUGGCAGGUGAAUGUGAAUACAUAGCUGGCGGCGGCUUGUAAUUUCUCCCAUUUUAAUGCUAUUGUUUCAUUGUUUUUUAUUCUUGUUUUAAAAGAUAAGUUAGCUAUUCUAUUACUUUUGUCCACAUAUAUAAUUGUUAUUUCAUAUUUUAAAUAAGAAUUUUCCCCUUUAAACUUAAAAAUGAUAGAGAAGUCAAAGGAAAGAAUCAAAGUGCUAGUAACUAGAACUUUUUAAAUGUAAUUUGUUUUGUUUUGUUAACAGUAUUCUGUGUAUAAUUACGUAAAGAAAAUAAACAUAUUACCUAUAUUAAAAAAAAACAUUUUAAAAAAAUUUACCACAUAAAAGGAUUUUAAUGUUUUCAUUUGAAAAACUAUUCAGCAGAGUAAAAAUCACAAAAAUUUCAGUUUUUUACCAUAGAUCCAUAAACAAGACAAGGCUUGAUUUGGUUUUUAUAAUUUUGUUUUUGUUUCCCAUUGUUUGUUUUUACACAGAGAUGCAGACAGAUAUACCAUUUUAAGCACAAAAUCCUAUUGUUCUUUUUUCCAAAAUUUUAUUUUGUUUAUUUUAAAAUCAAAAUUUUCAUACAUAUAUCUUCUAUCAAUAGAAAGUAUACUACUAACCGCAUAAUUGUUGUUGUUGUUUAUUAUUAUUAUGACUAUAACUACAAGAAAGAACAAUAAAAAACUAAACUUACAUAAAUAAAUUAAAAAAAAAAACAAACAAACGAAUUGAAGACAAAUUCAAAAUUUCAAAAAAUGUUGAACCUACAAAUAUGCUAAAUUAUUUAUACACAACAAAAAAACAACAACUGAGGCAGAGCAUUAAUUAUAUUCAUAUAUCCAUAUAUUAGAACUAUUUUGAAUUUUGUGUAAAAAUAUAAAAUGAGAGUAACAACCUACCUUUUCAACAACACACACAAAAUACAUAUUUAGAUAUUUGCAAGUCAAAUGUUUUAUAGCUAACAUCAUAAAAUGAAACAUUUCAAAUAAUUCAACCAAAAUGCCAUCCUUGUAAAUAAUUAUAUAAAAAAAGAAACCAGAAAGAAAUGAAUCAAAAACAUUCCAAAUAAAGUUGUUUUCAAUAAAGUCAAACUCAUGCGAGUUGAUGUGAAUGAUU